UGCAGCGUGUUGGGCGAGCCAACAAACGAGAUAUCCGACUUCUUCGGCAGAGGAGGGUAAAGGGAGAACGACGCCAUAUCGCAGGAUCCCAGGUCCUUCGAUCUCUCUCCGUCUAAUUGGCUAGAUCAUGAUGUAAUGAUCUCCUCUUUCUGUCGUCUUCACCAGGACUGGAGCGGAAAGAGAGAAUGACGCCAAGAUCCUAAGGUCCUUUGAGCUCUCUCCCUCUCAUCGGUGAGAUCUAGGACAGGAGCAUAAAGAUAGGAGGUGGCACCACAAAGAUCAAGUUUCAAUCUCACUACAGUCUGGCCUGUUCAAGCAAAGAAAUGGCAGAACAAGAGAUAGGUGCUCCUACUUCUGCUCCAAAAAUGAAAAGUCCAUCAAUAGAAGAAGAUUUUGAAAAGGAUUUCCUCAUCUCAUGGAAAUCAUCAAAACCAGGAAAACAGGCGAUGGAUCUUGAUGUGGAAACAGUUCCCCAAAAUAGAAAAAGUUCCUUUAACUUUGACAAACUUGAUGACUUCGAUCUUGGUGGUGACUUUGGAAAGUUGUCAUCUUUUGGAAUGGAUAUCUCUGAUCUGGACUUCUCUAUUCCACUCAAGAAGACUGCAAAUGCCAAUGAACAAGAAUCUCUCCCCAGAAAGCAAGACCUAAAGAAAGAGAAAUUCUCCUUUGCAUUUGAUUUUAAUGUGUUGGAUAAGUUUGAUCUUGAUACAAAAUUGGUGAAAACUGCAACGGGUUCCAGUAAAUGCAUGGAUGAUAGCGGGCCUCAUUGUUCUGAUGAAAUGCGUAAGCAUGAAAGUUUAUCCACUUCAACAUCUGCUCAUAUGUUGGAGCCUGAUGGACCAUAUCAUGCUGUCAUUAGACAUGGUUCAGCACAAGAAGCACUUUGUCAAGGUCAUAAAGAACUGCUCUGUCUGGAUUCUGUAAAGAAUGACACCUCCAAAGAAAAAGAUAGUGGUGUGAGAUUGCUUGAUGGUUUACAAUCUGGUAACUCUAGUCCUGUAAAGUCAUCCAACUCGAGGUGCUGCCCACCAAAUAAUAUCACAGGAUCACAAGAUUGCAGUAGCACACUUCAGAAUCAUGAGGUUGAUGAACAUGUUAUAACUGAAGGAAGUAAACCCACAGAUCAUUCAAUUCAAGUUGACAAUGAAGCUUCACGAAAUUCUGUCAAAGAGGUCACGAAUAAACAUUUUGAUGCUUCUUGUUUUCAAUUUCCCAUUUCUAAGAUUCCUGGUGGGGCUACUUCAAUCAUUAAUGCAAAGAGUGCCAUGCCUAAUCUUCUUUCAGCUGCAUCUGUGAAUAGGCCUGAGAACAGUUUUCUUGAAGUCCAGAACAUAUCGCAAAAGGAUGAUAAAAAUCAUCUACCUAACUCAAUGACUUCAAGGAUUAAGGAAAACAGCAAUAUAGCAAACUCUUCAUCUAAUGGAGUCAUAAAUACAAUUAUAGUUUCGGAGAGAAACUUGACAUUGAAGAGGAAGACUUCCAAGGAAUCUUUGACAGAUCCAAAGGCAUUCAGUACAUUAAAACACAUCAAUUCUUCACCCAAGGGAAGGGUUACUUCAACCGGUUCUGCAAAGAUUAUCAUGCCCAAUUUUCUUUCAACCACAUCUAUGAGUAGCCCAAAGAACAUUCCUUUUGAGGGCCAACAUAUAUUUCAGAAGGAUGGUAAAAAACAUCUACCUAGCUUGAUGACUUCAAGAAUGAGAAAAGAGAACAGCAGCAUAGCAAAUUUUUCAAUGGGCAAAGGAAGAAACACAGUUGGAGGAACAGAGGGAAACUUACCGUCCAACUUGGUCAUCUCUCCUGUGUUGUUAAGCCCAUCUCUGAAGAUGAAGACUCUCAAGGAGCCAUUGACAGAUCCAAAGGCCUUCAAUACAUCUAAACAAAUUGGCUCUUCACCUGAAAGGAUAUCAUUAGUAAUCUCCCCAGGAUCUGACACUGAAAUGGUACAAAGGGAAGAAAAUCCAGAAAGUUCUAGAAAUGAUGCUUCUUUUCAGAAUCUAUGUUCUCUAAAUGGUGCUUCUGAGCUAGAAAACAUGGACAUUGAAGUUCCUGUACAAAUAGAAGACCAUGGAAAUGUAGAGAAAGCUGAAUCUUGUUCAAAGGAGCUUGAUGAUGAAAAUUGAUUGGUUGCUUCAAGGGAUUUGGUAAGAAAUGAAAAUUAUCUGGCAAAUAAAUAUUGAAUGCCAAUUUUCGUGUUGAUCUUUUUUAUGGAAGAAGGCCUACGUCAGUCAACGACAUGGGAAACAUGUGAUGGCCUCGUUAGUCUUACAAGUGUGUGGCAGGUAGGUUAGUUUAUAAGACUUUGGGGCGUAUAAUAGUAGCUUAUGCAUUUAGAGGCACAUGGUUUAUAAUAAGCUCAUUAUAUACAAGAUAUUGGACCAUAUCUAAAGCAUUCGAGCUAUGCUGAAAAAUGAUACUAUGCAGUGAAUUGUUUUACAUUUUUCACAUCAUAUUUGUUAGAGUCAAAAAUCUUUAAAUGAGUUAAUAGGACCUCAUAUUGGCCAAGAAACCAAAGUAUCCAGGCAACAACAUAUCGACACUUCUAAUCUAUUAGUUGCCUGAGUGUUGCAGUGUCUUUUUUUUUUAGUAAAGGGUAAGUGAUAAAGGUGGGAUUCAAAUCCAAAUGCUUGUGAUAAACUACCAAAGUCUUUACCAACUAGAUUAGCUAAUACCUUUGUGACAGUAUCUUAUUAUUAUAUAAGAAAUAAAAAAAAAAAUUAUUCGCUCAAAUAAAGAAAGACUGAAAGCAUAUAACGACCUGUGUUACGUAUUUGGAUUGGAAGGGAUAAAGCAGAUAUCUUGGUAGAUUUAAAGUAAUGAUAAAAUUUAUAGGAAAGAAUAGUUAUAGAAAUUGCAAUCAAAGUCAUGAUGAGACGCGGACACUAUGUUGUGAGCCACUAUUGAGAGAAUUGGUAAAACAUAGUAUGCAAAACAACUAUCAUGAAGGACCUGGGUAGAAGCAUUGAGGAUCUGAAGAAGCCUUGCAUUGUAAACCUUCCGGUGAGGGUCCGGGAAGAUUUUAUAUUGUUUGUUUCCUUAUGUAUUUAUGCAAUUGUCAAAGAUCAGUUGAAUUGAUGAAAUACUACUCAUCAUCCUUAGGAUUCUUUUUCUAAAUAAGAAAGGGCAGAUCAAGGCUCCCUCUAAUAGAGGUUCUUUUCAUGACUUGGAGCUCUAGUCCCCCAGGUUAAGAAAUGAGCAAUGGUCCUCUUGUAUUCUCUUUCUAAAUAACUUCAAUCCAAUUUUUAUUACAGAAGUUAUUUAGAAAUUGGAUUAGUACUAUAUCUAAUUAUUUAGAAGUUGAAGUUAUUUAGAAAUAACAGCAAUUUAUAUUACAGAAUUCUAUAUCUGAAAAUAAUUUAGGAUCAUAUAAGCCACGAUUUCUUUACUUAUUUAGCUAGUUAGACCCUGCAAUUAAAAUGUUUUCUGAUGAGAUAAAUUAACUCUGAAACUCCAACAUCAUGUCAA